AUGAUGGGGAGCAAGCAACAAAUCGGAAUUCUCAAACGGGACGGAAUCGGAAAGCAACAUUUCGAUAUGGAAAACAUCCUGACGAGGUCCCUCUACAGAGUUCUCAAUAAUACGGUACUGGAAGUUUCUGAUAACUUGAAAUUUCUGAAAACACAGUUCCGUUUCAGAACCAAGUACCAGCGCACAUCGCCAAAACGCAAAAUGUGGACAAAAUGGGAGCGCCUGAGAGGAGAACGGUAAAAAGAGAAAAGUCGAGUUAUUUUCAACUUUUGAAUGAGUUUCAGACGAUCGCAGUGGCUCGUCCGAACAACCAUCAGAUCGGAAAUGCGAAUUCAGUCGACAUGGACACCCAGAUGAGGCUGUUGGCUCAAGAGAUAUGCGGAAGAGUCGAAAGAAAAUACGAACGAAAACUAGAAGAGUCGAGAGAUAGAGACAGAAGAGACACGGAAAGGAGACUGAUUGCGAUCCGAGCGGAGUACGACGCAAAGUACGAAUUGCAGCUGAAAAAACUGGAGAAAGAGAAGGCGAGAAUGGAAGAUCACAUGGCAGAAAGAGAACGGACUUUGGAGCAUCGGAUGGAAAUGAGAUCGGCCGAAAAGGAGCACGAUCUGGCGGCCAAGCAGAGAAUGGUCGAGAAUCGGGCGAUUGAGCUCACUCUCAACAAGGAGAACUUUGAGAAAAUGAGAGACGACUUUCAACGAAGAGUUGAGGGAGAAAUGGAGGAGCUGCGGCUGGAAAGGGAACGAAUUGAAGUGACGACGACGAAAACGACCGAACGACGGAGGACUGAUCUGGCGGUGGAGGCGGAAGCGAAAAUGUGGAAGAAGAGGACCGAAGAACUGGAGCACGAUGCGAAUGAGACGAGGAAAAAGAUCGGAGAGAUGAUGGAGGAGAACUUCCGAUUGAGAGAUCAGAUUGGAUCGGCCGGGCAAUUAAGAAAAGAGCUCGACGUAACAAUGACGUCUUUGAAAGAGACGAGGGAAGAGCUGGCGGCCAGCAAGGUGGAAAUCAGACGGACGGAGAUUAUGAUAAUGUAAAGGAGGAGAACGAUCAACUGAGAAUGGAGGUUAGAUGAAGACAGAGAGUCCAUUCUAAACACAAACAAUUUCAGAUUGAACGCCUCCGUCUGCAGAUUUCUCAACGAAUCAAGUCGGCAGUCGAUGAAACAAUUGCAGAGUACUCUGCGAAGGAAGCGAAAUGGAAGCGGCUCGCCGGGUUGAGCCAGCAGAGAAUCGCAGUGCUCACGGAGAAGUUCAAAGACAUUGAAAUGGAAAGAGACGUGCUCCGACAAGAAUUGAAGACUGUGCAGAAGAUGGUCGGCAGAGGAAGCGUUCAUAGGCAGCAUCAGAAGAAGCCGUCGAAAGUGAUGUUCCGUUCCGUGUCUCCUUCCGAAUCGAAUUCUUCACUUUCUGACGGAGAAAUGGAGAUUCUGAACAUCAGACAGCGGAUUCAGAAUCUAGACGAAAUCGCAAAGGAGUUGGACGCUUCUGUAGAGCACAUCUCGAUGACAACAGGAAGUCGGAAAGCAUUCGAUAGAAACGAAUCGAACGUCGAGUUGUACGACGACUUCUGCCGAGCACUUCACAGUGCCGUCCUUGACGACGAAGGAUCCCCGAAGACGUCGUCUCCACAGAAGCCAAUUGUCAGAAGACUGCAAAGUGAAGAGCAUUCUGAAGAGAAGAACGAACGAGAUGAAUGGCUAAAACGAGGAAUGAGAGUGGUUUCACCGCCGUCUGUAAAAAAUAUUGAAUCCAAGCCAGAGGGUCCAAAAGUUCAACAAAGAACAAUUGAAGAAGUGAAGCCAGUUCCAGCUCCGGUGCCAGUUCGCGUGGAAAAGCGAGAAAAACCGAACGAACUGGAAAUGUCCGAAUUCGAGAAGAAAUUACAAGCACGUGGAAGAGCUAUAGAUCAAACAGAACGAAGGAAUCAGCUGUUCCAGGUAGCCGAACAGUUCUCAAGUAAAAGUUGUUAAUGAAAGUUUACAGCUAGCAACAGAGCCGGAGUCACAGCCAGAGCCUGUCAAAACCGAAGAACCACCGAAGUCAACAUCCGCGGACAAUCCGAUGUUUGCAGGAGUUGAUCCUGUGAUGGCCGAGUACAUGAAGAAGGUGCUCGCCGCGAGGAAUGAACAGAAUACUGUAAGAGGGUUCAUUAGUCCAUUCCAAAUAAAAAAAUGAACUCUUUUUCAGGCCAGGCAACCGAUCCAAUCCUCAUCAACGCCGUCUGUCGCAGAGCCUCCAAGACCAAGACAAGUGGAAAUGACUUUGGCCGACGAGCUGGACCUUGAACUGGACCAACCGAUAACUGGAGCAGAUGACGAUUGGUGGUAA